AAGGCCGCGGGUUUCACGGCCCAAGAUCCACCCGACAGCCCCCGCUUUCCUUCCGCCGCGGGCUGCGAAUGGCGUCGCCGCUGCGGCGCUCGUCGGUGGAAGCGCUGAAGUUGGGCUUUGAUGGUGUCAAGGUGCAGCCCUUCUCUGAAAUUCCGGGGCCGAAGUUUCCUGUGCUCGGCGCCCUUCCCACGUUUCUGUCCUACGGCUUCAGGAAGUCGCAUAGCUUCUACAAGGACCUCUACAAGCAGUACGGGCCCAUUGUGGAUACCUCCAUCCUCAGCGACCCCGCGGUGAUGGUUUCCGACCCCCGGGAGUGGCGGAAGGUCUUCCAGCGAGAGGGCAGGUACCCCAAGGGCAUCGUCUCCGACCUUUGGAUGACCGAGAAGGUGAACAAGAAGCACGGCUUCCCCACGUCCUCGCUGAUGCAAGAGGGAAAGGAGUGGCAACAAGGCCGACAAGCGCUUCAGAAGGACAUUUUUUCCGUGGCCUCGGCCACGUCCUAUUGCGAGCCUGUCACAGACGCAGCUCAGCAGGUCAUGGAUGGCCUUAACAUGAAGUUGGCCAAGGACGAGGGGGUGGACUUUGAUGGUGUCAUGGUCGACGCGGUGGCGGACGUCUUUACUGCGGCGGUGCUGGGCAAGCCCUUGGGCUUCUCCACAGGCGCUGCCACGGAGGCCCAGCGGCGCUGGGCCAGGGCGGGGAUGCGCUCCAUCGAGCUCACGGCCACCAUGAUGUUUCAGCCUCAUAUGAAGAUCUGGCCAGAGGCCUUCCAACCUUACCGCGAGUACGAGGAGCUUAUGGGGGACAUGGUGCGGACCACUACGCAGCUGGUAGAGGAGACCAUCGAAAGCUACAAGGACUUCAGCGGCCCAGAGGAUGAGUUGCCCUAUGUGGUGCGGGUGGCCAGACGCGGGGAGCUUCCCAGCGAGACCUUAGCCCAUGAAGUGCAGGCCAUUGUUGUGGCGGGGCUGGACACCACCUACCAUGUCCUUCUCUGGAACAUGCUGAACCUCGCCCAGUUUCCGCACGCGCAGGAGGCCCUCCGUGAAGAGGUGUUUCGUGUCUUGGGCCCUUCUGCGCACUUCACCCGCGACAAGCUGUCGGAGAUGCCAUAUUUGAAGGCGCUGAUGCGGGAGACCCACCGCUUCAGCCACCCGGCCUCGCUGUUCACUUACCGCUUUCUGGACGAAGAUGUGGCGCUCUGUGGCUACAACGUGCCAGCAGGGACGCGGAUCAUGAUGAUGUCAGAGGGGCUGCAGAGUGACCCGGCGCUGGUGGAGGAUCCCGAGAAGUUCCGACCAGAACGCUUCCUGCCAGAGGCGGUUGAGGCGCGCAAGACCGACCCCUUGAAGUCCUUGAUAGACCACAAGCUCCUGGGCACGCCCUUCAGCUUCGGGGCGCGGAUGUGCCUGGGGGCGCGGCUGGCGGACAUGGAGAUCAUGACGCUGCUGGCGAAGUUCACCGCCUGCUUCGACGUCCAGCUGGCGCCCAACCAGACCUGGGAAAAGGUCGCCAAGACUAUGGCAGCACCGGAACCCUCACCCAAGGUGAUCUUUCGAGCCCGUUGAGCGCGUGUGAGGCCGUACCUCUCACAACCUGGUUCCCCUUAAUUCGCCAGCCAGGGCGUCUUUGCGGGAGCCAUGCGGUAUGCGGCUGGAGUUUGGUUGCCCUGCCCUCGAGAGCCCUCUAUUUCAAGUGGCUUGGACGA